AUGGCGAACAAAACAUCGGAGCCGACGGGUAAUAACUCCCAGGCGGGUCCAACUGAAGAAUCAAGUGCAAUUACCACUAAUAAUGAGAAUAACAAACCAGUAAAACCCGACAACGCGAAUUCCAACGUAAACUCUUUGAGUAUGCCGGUGAAACUCACAGCACUUCUUGCGAUAGGCGCUCUUCUCUCUGUCGUUGCAAGUUUUGGAGUUCAGUUCUACAACGACACCUAUGUCCGGCCGGUACAAAAAGAUAGAACGUUCCCAUUUUUAGGUGGAAAAGAAACAAAUGGAACCAGGCUUCGAAUUCUUCAAGCUCCAAGUAGCCAACGACCACUGUUACAACUCUUGGAACCCGAUAGACCAUGGAAUCCAUCGUUCAUUGUGGAGGUGUUGGUUAAUGGAACGGUAUUCCCACUUAAUGCAUUCCAAGAAAGAGUGUAUGAAACGCUAGAUGUGUACAAUGGAGGAAAGUUAACAGUGAAAUAUGACGUGUUCUCUUUGACCAUUGCUCAUAUCAUCUACCCUAAUUCGACAAUUGGAUUUUAUGUGAAUUCAAAUGGGAAACCCCUCAACGGAACUGAAGAGAACUUGGAACUCAAGAUAUCAGGAAGAGGCGUGAAAUGGAUAAAAAUUCCUCUGACUCCUGCCGGAAACUACUAUCAAACAUUUCCAAGCACCCAAGAAGAAGCUUUUAGCAAUCAUGAAGAAAUUAAAAACGAUGUUGCGAAUUUGGAAGAAAGAUGGAACAAAAAGUUUGACGAGUGGUUUGCGUCUACUGGUCAACAGAAUCUCCCUGCUGCUUAUAUCGAAAUCAUGAAAGCCGCAUACUCAAUGGUUGCAAAUAGCCUAAGUGUUGUGCAGAAUUUUCCAAUGAUGGGAAAAUAUGGAUUUUUUGUUGAUGAAGUCAAUUACUUCUUUUUGAUGCCAAUAAGUAUCACUUAUACCACUUUGGAUGAGCAAUUCUUUGCAAUUAUGACUUUGUCCAAGUUGAAUGUUGAGGAUACUAUGAGAGUGAUUCGUUCCUACAUCAGUCUUAGCAACGAACUAGGUCAUAUGGCAAAUCGUCUUGUGUUCGGUACAGUGGAGUUGUUCCCUAUCCAAUCACCAAUGCUGUUCCAAGUUAUCAAAGAGCUUCUGUCAAAUCCUAAAUUUGACAAUGAGUAUCAGGACAUUAUCGAAAAUUUAGACUACAUUGCGGAGAACACAUGGAAGAAUUCUAUUGGAAAGGGUGGAGUGAAAGAUGUGAAAUGGACAGGAGAUUCCCGUGGUGUUUUUGAUUUGGAACCAGCCACCAGUAAAAACACAUCUUCUUUGGAGCUUUUAUGUUUGCUGGGAGAUAUGAGUCUAGUGAUGAAAAAUGUUUACAAGAAAGUUGGAGAUGAUAAAAAUAGUGUCAAGUGGGAGAAAAGGGCAACCGACGUUAACGAAGCUAUGGCAAGCUACUGGAAUAACGAGAAGAAAGAGUACGGAGAUAUUGUGAAUGAGAAGAUUGAAAAAGGACCAUGGCCACAUGUUCCUCUUAUCCUUGGAAUUGUUAAAGAGGAUUCUGAAAAUUUGGGACAACUUUUGAAGAACUUGCAAGACGAUCCGAAUUUCACUCAACUUGGUCUCCAAACUUCCGAAGAGCAAGGAAUCGCAGUUUCCACCAACUACCUGCUCCUCCGUUCGUUGAAACACUACGCAGGAUUAUCAGGUCCAUCACAAGAAAUCGCUCACCGUAUGUAUUCGGUUCUGAAAAACAACAUGGCUGCGGCAAUUGCUCGUGCACAUCGUGCAGAGAAGUCAUUUUUUGGAAGAUACGACAAAAAUAUGCGUCCGCUUGGUCCGAAAGAGAAUCUGGAUGGUACUCUUGUGUUUUCAAUCAUGUCUUCUCCAUAA